ACGUCCUCAACCUCGCCGCCACGCUGGGCACCCCGACGGAAGAAGAAGGCAUUCCCAGCGACGACGACGACGACGACGACGACAUCGAACGCGCCCACCUGCACUAUCUCCGCGCAGCACGUGAGCGCGACCAGGCGCGGUUGGACCGGUCCCAGGAGCGAUUGCGCCUGCUGGAAAGGCAGCGAGACGAGCUGGAGCAGCGGGACCGCCUGCGCCGCGUCAUGAGUCGCCUCAGCCGCCUCAGCGACAACAACUAUGGCGACCGCGUGCCCAGUCAGAACAGCCUGUAUGACUGGUCGCCCGCCACGGAGGCCCCUGGCGCGCCCGAGAGCUCGCUGAGGUCGACAGCCAUCCUCCAGUCUGCAGGCGUGCGCCGCCAUCCACGCUUCUCAGCGCGCACCAGGGAAGCUGCCACCAGCGAAGCACCGCCACGUCACGCUUCACACCGCAGCCUCCGAGACAUGCUUGCCGCGCGAUCCAGUCUCUUCCCCGAAACGGCCCAGCGAGACCGCAUCGCCUCCGCCCGCCACAUGUCUUCGCAUCGAGACUCCGAGACCCGCACGUCGCCCAUGUUGGAGCAGACUGUCAAGUACCUGUCGCGCAUACGCCACUCCCGUGACGACGACGAGAGCUGGGAGCGUGCGCGAGACGCCGGUUUCCUGACCAAGGACUUCUUUCUCCAGCACGCAGACUUCGUCGCAAACACCCUCGCCAUACCGCCGCCCACCGAGACAUCGUGGCUAGCACCGGGGGCGGUACUCUCGGGGUGUCAGCAUGCGACCACCAUGCCCGCUGCCGUGACCGCCACAUAUAGCCGGCACACGGGACUCCCACCCCCCAUUCGACCGUGGAUAUGGAAUCCUAGCGAAGUCUCUACGAGUCGAAACUCGCAGCCCGACGCGCAACCGCACCAGGACCGAUGGCCCGUAAAGGUCACAAUACACGACGUGGACUGGGAGCAAAUGUCUCUCUCUGCAACCAUGGAAGCGUAUAACGUACCCUCCCACCCGCAUCCGCAUACCAUGUUUCCCCCCAGCAAUGCCACACCGUCCGUCACGCGCACAUCCUCCAUCACAACCUACCUCGAAGGCGAAAUCCUCGACUUCAACAACUACACCCUCCUCACCGAAUCCUUCAAAUCGAACGCCGCGAACGACGCAACAUACUGGCGCAAACUGCCCCCAUUCCAGAAGAUGAGCGACGAGGACGUGGUCAGGGCCCUGACGAGCAAGAAGUGGCUCACUGAAGUUCUGGGCCAGAAUUGGAUACUCAUGCGCUGGAAAGAGCGAUGUUUUGUAAAGAGCCUGAACCGCAGCACCCCUGAUCCUGUUCAGCCCCCACCCUCCACCACGAUACCCUCCUCGUUCUCCGCCGACGCUCCAUCGUCCAAUCCUUGGGCCUCAACAGGUUCCUCCAACUACCCACCCGCCGCUUCCACCACGCAUACCUCGCAACUUCAGCCCUCACCGUACCGCAUAGUCCGCAAUGCGCAAACAGGCCGUGCCGAAGUCGAAAUCACGCCACAACCCCUCUUCAACUCCGUAACGAACGACGCCGAACAAGCAACAUUCGACGACUCAGGCUGCGGGCUUACCAUCAGCGGGUUCUACUACGUGGCGCUUGACCGGAGAAGCGGGGUGCUGGAAGGGUUGUAUUAUGAUCCACAGAGCAGUCCGUAUCAAUGUUUGAAGUUGGAGAGUGUCAACGGUGGAUUGAGAACGGCGUGGAGUUUCAGGUGAUAGACUGAAGUAUGAGUCAAGAAGAGCGGAAGAAGAAUUGCAUGGAACGGAGUUUGGGAAUUGGACUUUUGGAUUGCAUCGCCCAUUGAGGCUCUCCCGGAUUGGAUUGGGACUAGGUUUACUUUGACUACAUGUUGUACUCUGUCUAGCAUCAUAGAUGGAUAUGAAAUACUAUCGCCUCAUACUUGCAGUUCUGAUUUGUAUACAGUCCGUCUGUAACCCAGAGUAUCCGGGUUCAUCCUCCCGUGUCCCAUACAAUGGAAUGAAGCUACUUACAAUUGUAGACGCUCUACACGC